GAGGAAGCGCGGGGCUAUGUGGUGUCAGCGACACCAGAAGAUUUGCUGAACCAUGAUGAAGACCGAGCCCCAUAAUAGUCCUGGCGGCAGCAGCAGCGGCAGCAGCAGCAGCAGUGGCGGCAACGGCGGCAGCGGAGGGACCUUGCGGAGUGCCUCGCCUCACCGGAACGCCUACGAAGCCGGCAUCCAAGCCUUGAAAAGCCCCAAGGAUGCCCUUGGCAACCCCGACAGCGAGGAGGCCAAGAAAGCCAGGAACAAGAAGUAUGGCUCCAACGUCCACCGGAUCAAGAACAUGUUCCUGCAGAUGGGGACCGCGCCGCCGGCGGGCGACGGGGCGGUGGACCUGGCCAAGCUGAAGGAGAAGCCGGUCCGCUUGUCCUUGCCCCGGGCCAGCAGCCUGAACGAGAAUGUCGACCACAGUGCCUUGCUCAAACUGGGCACCAGCGUCUCCGAGAGGGUGAGCCGCUUCGACUCCAAGACGGACAAGCCCCUGUCCAAGCUCCAGGAGACGCGGAAGAUCUUCGAGAGGAGCCUCCAGGAGAAGGAGACCACCAACAAACUUCUCCUCAGGAAAGAGAGAGCGGGCUUCCAGGACAGGAAGCUGGACGUGGUGGUGAGGUUCAAUGGGAGCACGGAGUCGUUGGACAAGCUGGACACUGAGGCCGUGUCGCCCACCGUCAGCCAGCUCAGCGCUGUCUUCGAGAAGGCCGACCUGAGGAACAAUCUCCACAAAGCCCCGGGCAAAGUUGGGCCCCUCAACUCCAAGAUUGUCAGCAAAAGGUCCAGAGUCUUCCUACAGGCUCCCGAAAGCGGUGCCAAGGGGGAAGCGAGGAGCAGCGACGGGCCUACCCUCCAGGUGAGAAGCAGGCCGCUGGAGGCCGACAAAACCCAAGCCAAACUUCCCGCUGGCGGAUCAGGUGCCGGGAAACCUGGGGACAAGGACAGUGCUGUGGGCCUGCGUCCUCAGAAGGUCCAAGAGGUGCGCAAGAUCAAGCCCGUGGAAGUAGAGGAGAGCGGAGACUCGGAGCAAGAAUUUGAGGCGGCAGAGGUGGCAGUGGCGCUAGCGGAGGAGCACAGCAAGGCCUCCAAAGGGUCUGACACUCUCCGGGCUGAGGUGAUCCAGGCUGAGGUAACGGUGCAUGCGGCCUUGGAAAAUGGCCGGCUGGGGGGCGAGAGACACUUAGAAACUCCAGACCCGUCGGGCGAUGCUUACUGUGAGGAAGUGGCCAAGGCUGAGGGACCAGAGGAAAAUGACCUGGGUGACGAGUCUAAGAAGGAAGAUUUCUCUGAGGCUGACCUGGUGGACAUUAGUGCCUACAGUGGGCUGGGGGAGGAUUCGGGAGGGAGCGGGCUGGAUGAAGACGAGGAUGCCGACGGACUGUACGCACCAGAAUCCAGCUGUGUGGAGAUCGCUGGGCUAUCAGAAGAGGACGAGGCCACCCCUAACCGCAAGAUCCACUUCAGCACAGCCCCCAUCCAGGUUUUUAGCACCUACUCCAAUGAGGAAUAUGACCGGCGGAAUGAAGAUGUCGAUCCCAUGGCCGCCUCAGCAGAGUAUGAACUCGAGAAACGAGUGGAGAGGUUAGACCUCUUUCCCGUGGAACUGGAGAAAGAUUCUGAGGGUCUUGGGAUCAGCAUUAUCGGGAUGGGAGCUGGGGCUGAUAUGGGCCUAGAAAAACUCGGCAUCUUCGUCAAGACAGUGACAGAAGGAGGAGCAGCUCACCGGGAUGGCAGGAUCCAGGUUAAUGACCUCAUCGUCGAGGUGGACGGCACCAGCUUGGUGGGCGUGACCCAAAGCUUUGCGGCCUCAGUGCUGAGGAACACCAAGGGUAGAGUCCGGUUCCUGAUUGGCAGGGAGAAACCAGGAGAACAGAGUGAGGUAGCACAACUCAUCCAGCAAACGCUGGAACAGGAGCGAUGGCAGCGAGAGAUGAUGGAACAGAGGUAUACCCAGUACACUGAGGAGGAUGAAGAAACAGGUGAAUAUGCUACCGAUGAAGAUGAGGAGAUGAGUCCCAUGUUCCCCAGCAGUGAGAUGGCCAUUGAGGUCUUUGAGCUGGCUGAAAAUGAAGACAUGUUGUCUCCAGUGGAGAUGGACCCUGAGAAGCUUGUGCAUAAAUUUAAGGAGCUCCAGAUCAAGCAUGCCGUGACUGAGGCUGAAAUCCAGCAGCUGAAAAGAAAGCUGCAGUCCAUUGAACAAGAGAAAUCCCGUUGGCGCCUUGAGAAAGCCCAGCUAGAACAGAGUGUGGAAGAAAACAAGGAGCGGAUGGAGAAGCUGGAGGGCUACUGGAUGGAGGCCCAGAACUUGUGCCAGGCUGUUGACGAACACUUGAAAGAGACCCAGGCCCAAUAUCAGACUCUGGAGAGGAAGUACAGCAAAGCAAAGCGACUCAUCAAGGAGUAUCAGCAGAAAGAGAUCGAGUUCCUCAAGAAGGAGACCGCUCAGCGUCGCGUCCAAGAGGAGUCCGAGCUGGCCCACAAGGAGGAAGUUGACAAGUUGCAAGAGAAGAUCUCUGAACUGGAGGCGAAGCUGCAGACUUUGAAAAAUUCCAACCCGACUUAAAAAAAGAGAGAGAGAGCAGAAAAACAUAUAAACCAACCAGAGCAAUUAAUUCUUCUUGUUAUUAUUACUACUAUUAUUAUUUGCAAGGGACGUAUUUAGAAUUUCUCCCACCCAUGCCCACUCUUGAUACUUCCCUCAUCCUCUACCUGAUUCCUCUUAUUUCCCAGGUGGGAAAUAAGAUCCAACAGAAUCAGAAGAACUGCUUCAGCAAGGAUAGCUAAUGACUUUGCCUUCCUUUAAGUGUGGGGGAGAGAGAAAAGUCAUGAAAGAUCAGGUGGGCUGAUAAAAUUCAAAGCUGUCUGCAGAGGCACAACCCAGUCACCUCCCAAGGGCGGUGGAUCAUUGUCAGUUUCUGUGUCCAGUGUGCGUCUUGUGUCAACUGGAUAGACAGACCAUGGAGGGUGGGGAGGUGGAGGUAGUGGUCACAUGUCCAUGUGUGUCUCCUGUACCAUCUGCCUGAUGACAGCCUUGCAUUAACCAUUAUGGAUUGGGACUGGGACCUCAUGCCACCCUACUUCUACACGCCUCCUCAGCCCUUCAGCUGUGCAGGUGACAAACUGGAACAUAACAGGACUCUGCUGGCCAGAAGUGAGACCAGCUCUUUUCAUUUUGCUUCCCGAAUCUUAAUCUUUGGGGCAAGGGAAUUGGGAUGGGUGGGACGGGGCUACUGUCGGGCUUUGAAGUUGGAUGAUCUUGCCUUUUAAUUUUCCAUCCUUCGGACGAGAUGGAAUCCAUUAUUCUCUAUGUUUCGUGCAAUGGUGGGAAAUAUUUCUGUGUUUUUUUAAGGAGGGAGUCAGUAGGAGAUGUUACUAGCCACCAUCUUUGGGACUGAGAAGAACCACUGGCCUCCAAAACCCCUUUUAGCUACUAUGACUAAGUUUUACACCAGGAAAAGAACAUCUGCCUUGUUUUUUCCUCGUUGCAUUUUUAUUCACAUCGUCUUGGAAGAUUUCUGGGAAUUAACGUCCAGGAGGUUUACAAACUGGACCCCUCCAAGGAAGUUGAGUAUUCAGAUCUAAAAGCUGGGUGAAAACACAUUGUGUUAACUAUAGCCAGGAACUGAAGCCAGAGACUUUGGAAAAACAUGGCACUAAGCAGGGAAGUCGCUCCACUUACUUGAGUGUGCCAGUUUCAUGGUUCUAUGCCAGCCAUUUUGCAUUUGACAGAAGGAACCCCUUGAGGGAAGCCACUUCUCCAAAGGCUUUCCUAUGGGUCUGACUUGCUGCUAUCAGCACCAGGGUGAUGGAGCAUCUACAUCCAGGGGGCAGCAAAAGAUAAAAACAGGGUUAUUCCUUGGAAGCAAAGUGCAUGACGAAUCAGUCUCUUGGGUUAUCUGAUUGUAAGGGAUACUGACCAGUGUUCCUUAUUUAAGGAGGCCAACCUUCAUUCUGGAGCAAAACAUUGGACCAUAGUGGAUGUCCCUUGUUUCACAUCACCCUGCAGUUCCAGGGACUAAAUUGCACAGGUCCAUUUAGAUUUGGAAUUUUGACUUGGCGUCUCUAGCUGGUAUGCAGUUCCUCUCUGAAGCAACACAGUGCCGCUAGAGCUGGCCCUUCAAGUGCCCACUUGGCCAAUAGCUGGACUUCUGCAUCUUUUUUUUUUUCCUUUCCAGAAUAACUGUUGAGAGAGUCAGUAGCAGGCCCAAAGUGCUGUAGCAUCUGAGCAGCUACCUGAGGGGUGGGGGGUGCGGUCUUGUGGCAUGAAUCUUUGUAGCCAGCGGUUUAAACACCAUCCAAUGUUGGCAGCAGAUUACAAAAGCUCGUGGUCUGUAAGGUGCCAGAGGACCUCAAGUCUUCUUUCAUUCCAGCCUCCUCCCCCAACUCAUUCAAACUAGAGUAGAAGUCCAUGAUUGCUGCUCAGAGAGAGAGAGAGAGAGAUACUGUGCAAUAACUUUUAUAUGGAAUGGCACUUCACAAAAGGGUCCUGACGAGUUUCUAUGGCAGCACUUGGGUUUUAUAGUGCAAAUAUGGAAAUUUUCUGGGUGACGGGCUGAUGGCAACAUCUCUUAUAAUGCUAGAACUAGGUUUUAGAGAACAAGUAAAAUAAACACCCUAUGUUAAAUAUGGCAAGAUGAUGCUUUCAACAACAACAAAACAGAGGCACUCUCUCUCCAUUUGGGCUCUCUGUCUUUUCUCUAUUGCCGUUGCCUUCUUUGACACGUUUUUCCUUUUUGGACACCACAAUCCAUCCGUGGCCCUGGAGGUUGGUUGAGUUCUCCAUCACUUAACCCAACCUUUGGAAAUAACAUGCACAGCCAUAAUUAAGUCCCAUAUAGACUGAGCUGGUGGGAAUUGUGACGCAUAGACAUUCACUGGUCCUCUUUCAGCUGCUGUUCCAGAAUUAUUAUUUUUUAAAACUAGAUUCUGUAAAAAUGGGUGCAAAUCAGGUGAAGCUUUCCCCUCCCACCCAACUGGGGAGCUGUGCAUUGCAUCAUCGACAAGCCCUUUGACAGUAUUUUUCAGGCACGGCUGUUAGCUGUGUAUUCAGAGCUGUUGUAGCGCAUGUUCCAUGGGAAGUGGAGUCCAAAGUAUUUUGUAAAGUGAUUGCUGGAAAAGUCACUUUUUUUUCCUGAAGAGUCAAAAUUAUGCUGUUUCAGAAGCCUGUAAAUUAUUAUUAUUUUUAAAGCAGUAUUCUGUCAGGGAACUAUAUCCCUUUGGGUUUCAUAUCUAAACUGGAAUUUCUGACAAGAGUGAAAAGCCCUUUAUGCUUUCUACUUUGAACAAAGACACGGGUGUUUCCCUCACUUUAACUUGAGAGCUAUCCACCCCUUUUACUGUUUACUUCUUGUGUAGCAGUCAUUAUUGGCUGCUCUGAAGAAAAGGCACCCCUUCAUAGCCACAGUGUCUGCUGUUGUAAUUCCAACAGUAACUGGAUGUGAAAUGUGAAUUUCAGGGCCUGCAAAAUAGCAAUGGAUGGGGUGGGGUGGAGGGGAGUGGGUUAUUUCUAAAGGAGGGCCAAUCCUUUCCUCCUAUCUCAAGAAACAUCCCAAUCCCAUAAUGAGGAAACAAAAUUUCUUCGGGAUAGAAAUCUUCCAUGUUUCCUCCAUAACUGGAAACCCGGUGUUCCUUUUAUCAGGUUUGGCUGCUCCUAAUGAGAUGAAAAUACCGACCAUUUUUCAUUAAUGGCAGUGACAUACAGGGAGCGUACUUAAUGUGAACUAAUUUAGUCUUCAGAUACCUUUACGAUCUGUUUGCAAUUCCAGACUAGUCAAACCAUGAAAAAAUGGUGGAUUGCUUUUCAGGGUAUGUUUAUGAGUGGAGUGGGGAUUUUAACCCACUGACCAUGAUUUUUUUUAGUAGGGAGCCUGAGUGUGGCAAAUAUUCUGGAUUCAAUCAUCCAAGAUUAACGAAUGAGAAGUCUGCCAAGAUUACUUUUUAUACCAGAGAUGGGAAAUCUGUUUGGGUAGUCUAGGGAAGGAGUGCUUUCCCAUCUGCCCUACACUGCAACGGUGAAAUUGUGUUUCUGUUGAAGCCUGUGCCAACUUUUGGAAUGUGAAUUAUUGUUGCUCUUUGUCAUUGGCAAAAGGCUUCGCUUAUGCCUGUGACGUAGGGCUGUCAUCCAAAAUGGUGUGUGUGUGUGUGUGUGUGAGAGAGAGAGAGAGAGAGAGAGAGAGAGAGAGAGAGAGCGCCUUUGGCUCAUUCUGCUCACUUUCUAUAAUAUACUACUAUCAUAUCCACAGAAUGUAGAGCUUCCAGGCCAUUAGGAGUGGCCACAGAGGCAGGAAAAACUGUGGACCGGUGCUGGUGACAUCAUGGGAAUCCCCUUUCCCUCUAUGGCUCCCAGGGAAUGGCUCUAAAGGGAACAAGAUGUCCCUUCCCCCCCCCACUCCGACCAAGACCUGUCCCAUGUUACAGCAGAAGAGAGACACUUGCGCCCAAAAAGCUGGUGUAAAAGAUGUACAGUGUACUGUAAACAGUAAUUGCGAGCAGAUGGAGAGAGAGAAAAAACAUGCUGGCAAGUGAGAUAUAAUGUUCUGAGAAAUGUUUUUAAAAAGAAAUCAUCUUACAUUUUAAUUUAAUCUCCUUUACACAGGUAUAAAUGUGUAUGUAUAUAAUAUAUAUAUAUGUAUGUAUGUAUGUACGUAUUGUUCCUGGUUUUGUAUUACAAUUGUCCUAUCAUCCGGUCAUAUCAGAUAAACUGCAGGUCUUUGUUUCCACCCUGUUCAAUUUUUCGAACGUUGCUGUGUUCUCCCACGGGGAAAGGCGCUUGCAUGGACGCCCACAGCUGGCAUUGCUAGAGAUGUUCUUCAAGGCAACCCUUACAGAAGGGCAAGAAGGGAAAAUUGUACUGCUAGAUGGAUGGGAUGUAACCAGUUGAUGAAGAUUCAGAUAUAAAGUCCUCUGUUCAUGGUGAUGUUGGCUUAAUUUUUUUUUUAAAGAAAACUAUUGAAGACAUCACCAAACGUUAGAUAAAACAAUGGAACAGAAAUGUCUAGUGCACUUAUUUGGUGUUCUAUAAUUUAUGCAUGCAACUUUGUGAUUGGUUGUUAGUGUAUCACAUGCUGCA